AUGGAAACACCUCCACAGGACCAGGACCUCCAGAUCAGCAUCACUGCCAUGGCAACACCCCCUCUGAGGGAGAGGGGGGGAGAGGGGGAGGCAGAGGGGGAGGUAGAUGGGGAGGUAGAUGGGGAGGGGAGCGGGGAGGUCCCAGUCCACAGAGCUAAGAGAAGUGUGUCUGUCCUGGGUCAGGACGUGGGAGACCAGGGGGGGUCCAGGAGCCAGAUCUGGGGAGACAGGAGCGGGUGGGGCCAGGAGGAGGAGGUGCUGGAGCAGUGGCAGCGAUGGUGGUUGGACCGACACACCAGGGACCAGAUGAUGGUCCGGAAACUCAUCACACCUGGUGACACCGAGGAGCAGGAGGACCAGAACAACCCCGGAGUCAUGCGCAAGAUCUACGAGGAGUUCGACAUCUCCUGCUGUCCCCUGGUCUACUACGGCCAGAGAUACCAGCGACUGUAUGUGAGUGUACCAGCGAUACCAGAGAUACCAGCGACUGUAUGUGAGUGUACCAGCGAUACCAGAGAUACCAGCGACUGUAUGUGA